AUGUCCCAUUCCCAGAUUGCCUCGCCCUCACACACCUUCAUGGACUCGAAGCCCCCAUUGGUCCCCCGCCAGUCUACAAACGAUGUCCUCUCCUUUACCAAUAUCAUUGCCGACCGCCUCGCACCCGGUCAAAACGUCUGGGAUUACUUUUCUCCAGCACCACCAGCACCCGUCGCAGUAGCAAAAGUAGCACAGUCUGCUGCUGUUGUAGAUAGCCAAAGCUCAACAACGAGUGGACCGGCGUCACCAGCCCUGCCGCUUUCGCCCACUUCGCCCACCACGUCGUCUUUCAGCUUUUUCGGAAACAAGCGUCAAAGCGUCAUUAUCGAUACCUCCAAGCGCCCACCCUUGCCGCCAUCGCCUCCUCAAUGUGCUUCUCCUACGUCGGCUUCCUUUGCUGACCCUACUGCCGCUGCAGCUGUGGAUGCUUUGUGCAGUGGUGUUACACCAACCCCCAAGCUCCAGAAGCGCAAAUCCUUUGCCCAAUCCCUCCGCAACAUGCUCAGCCUAUCCCAACUGCUCACUUCAAAGACCGCUCCCAGCCAACAACAACAACCAACCGGCCCACCACAUUACAACAUUCUGGUACUGGGAUCUGACAGUGCACCAUUGGCGAGCACGCUGUACAAGAUGUCGAGUCUGCUGCCGAGCACAAACAAGAUUUCGCAUUACCAGGAGAUUUCAGGGUUCUUUGUUGCAUACUUUCGGUCGAAUGGAUCGUUUACUUGUUCGCCAAAGUCGUCUACAGAGUUGAGUGAUCGGGAGAGGAGGAGGAGGUCGACUUUGAGCUUUGGAGGACUGGAUAAUAGGAGGGAGGUUGAUGUCAAGCGGCGGUCGGUCAUCUAUGGGUUGGAAGAGAUUGAUACCGACGAUAGGUUCAUUCCAGGAGCAGCACGAGCAGUGAGGUCAAGUGAGGAGAGUGAGGCGACACUGUUGAACGCUCGGAUACGCCAUCCUAUGGACCGGUCGGACUCUUCUUCUUCCUCCUCCUCCUCCUCGUCUUCAGUGGAUACAUACGACGCCAACAACGAGGACGAAUCCACCCUCUGCCAGGAACCGCUGGAAGAAGAGCCAUCACCAUCAACAGCAGCAAAGGCAUCCGCAAAAGCAAGUCUCUCAUUCCACGCCUUUUCCCUCGACACCACCUGGCCCGUUCCCCGAAAGCUCGCCCAAACCUUCUGGUUCCCCCAUGCGCACGGGAUCAUCUAUAUUGUUGACGCAACCCGCAAGAACGACCCUCGAGGAAUGGACCACCUCCUCAACGCACGUCAGUUCCUGUCAUCCCUGAUUGCAGACCCACAUUUCAAACGGAAGGAUAUCCCUGUGGUGGUGUUUGCGAAUAAGGCUGGAUUGGAUGACGAGACUUGCUUCCGGGUGGAUGAGAUUGCAGACAUCUUGGGCUGUGAGGAGUGGGAUCAUGAAGGGAGGGUGUCGAUUGAGUCGCUUGGUAACGGAGCGAUGCCACCACAAACGCCUGUGGGGUCGUCGGCGGCUCGACCUUGGUGUGUGAAGAGCACACGGUCGGAUGGUGAAGGUGAAGGGCUGAGGGAGUCUGUCGAAUGGCUCAAGAGCCGUAUGGGCGAGAUCUGGAAAGCCUAG